UGAAGUUACAGAUGAGGCGACAGAGAACCCUAACCAGCAACAGACUGACACGCAGAAGGCUGCUGAAAACGUUGGCCGGCCAAACACCAAGGAUGACACAGAAGGUGGUCGUCAGGAAGGACAGACAGAAUGUAACCUGUGUCUGCUCAGGUGUGCAGAGAUGAACCGUCUUUUGGAAGAAAACAGAGAGCUGCGGCGUGAACUUGCUGAGCUGCGGAUCUCUGAUGGCUUCUUUGGAGACAGUAAUGAAAAAGUCAAGUACUAUACGGGUCUACCAAACUUGGCAACCUUUAUGGCUUUGUUUAAUUUUCUGCUGCCUCUCAUGUCUGCUCAAAACAAAAUUCUCAGUCCAUUUCAAAUGCUUCUGCUAACCUUCAUGCGUCUGAGAUUGGAUCUGCCCUCAAAACACCUUGCUUAUCUCUUCCGUGUUUCACCAAAGACUGUGUACAGAACAUUCAAUGAAAUGGUGUCAUUUUUAUAUGCAAAUCUGAAGCGUGCUAUUAUGUGGCCAGAUAGAGACACCUUGCACAAAAUUAUGCCUCAUCAGUUUGUGGAGGCCUUUGGACAUAGAGUCACAGUGAUUAUUGACUGUUUUGAAAUUUUCACAGAGAAACCUGCUAAUUUGAAGGCACGUGCCCAGAUGUUUUCCUCCUACAAGCACAAUCAUACCAUGAAGUAUUUAAUAGGCAUAACACCCAAUGGAGCUAUAUGUUUCUUAUCAAAAGGGUGGGGUGGGCGUACAAGUGACAAACAUAUCACCUUGAACAGUGGCUUUCUUAACAUGUUGUUGCCUGGGGAUAUUGUGUUGGCAUGCUGUGUGCGGAGGUCAAGCUUCCAGCCUUCACAAAGGUGCGCUGUCAGCUGGAUGCUAAGGAUGUAGAAGAAACAAGGAAGAUUGCACAUCUAAGAAUUCAUGUCGAAAGGGUGAUUGGAAAUGUUUGUCAGAAAUACAAAAUAUUAACUGGAACCAUACCCAUAAACAUGCUAUUAACAUGUGAAGGCGAAGAAGUCACUUUUUUGGACAAGAUUGUCACUGUCUGUUGUGCCCUUACAAAUCAUUGCCCUACUGUAGUGUAAAAAUGAAAGCCAGAUCAUGUGCUGUUUCAACUUUAUUCUUCUUUUCACACCAAUAGAAUUUUGCUUUUUUUAAAGUUAACUUUUUUUUUUACUUUUGAGAAAU